UGAGAGAAGCGCUGAUUGAGAGGAGAGCAGAGCACCGGCGGCGACGACGGCCAUCUUAGAGCUGCCGCGGCAACCGACCCAUCUCCUGGAUUUUAUCUUUCCGCACGCAGAAAUAUUCCGCGUGACAGACGAGCGGACAACGAGGCUGCGUUUUGCUUCGCCGCGGUUGAACUUGACGUCGGGAUGCGGUUCCGAGGGAAUACGCAAUUUGCAUCCGCUGUCGGACUGCUCUUCGGACUAUUAUGUGCGGCGGAGGCGGCUAAAGUCAAUAAGCACAAACCGUGGAUCGAGACGACGUACCACGGGAUCGUGACGGAGAACGACGACAAGGUGCUGCUGGACCCGCCGCUGAUCGCUCUGGACAAGGACGCGCCCCUACGCUACGCAGAGAGUUUUGAGGUGACCCUCACUGAAGAAGGUGAGAUUUGCGGCUUCAGGAUCCAUGGACAGAACGUCCCCUUCGAGGCAGUGGUUCUGGACAAGUCCACUGGCGAGGGGGUCAUUCGGGCCAAGGACAAGCUGGACUGUGAGCUUCAGAAGGAGCACACCUUCACCAUCCAGGCCUAUGACUGUGGAGAGGGUCCCGAUGGCGCUAACAUGAAGAAAUCCCACAAGGCCACUGUCCACAUCCAGGUGAACGACAUCAACGAGUAUUCACCCGUGUUCAAGGAGAAGUCCUACAAAGCCACUGUCAUCGAGGGGAAGAAGUACGACAGCAUCCUGAAGGUGGAGGCCGUGGACGCCGACUGCUCCUUCCAGUUCAGCCAAAUCUGCAGCUACGAGAUCGUCACCCCUGACGUGCCCUUCACCAUCGACAAAGACGGCUUCAUCAAGAACACAGAGAAGCUGAGCUACGGCAAGGAACACAUGUACAAGCUGACCGUGACGGCGUACGACUGCGGGAAGAACCGCGCCUCCGAAGACGUGCUGGUCAAGAUCAGCGUCAAACCCACCUGCAAACCCAGCUGGCAAGGCUUUAAUAAGAGGAUUGAAUAUGAGCCCGGCACCGGCAGCCUGGCCCUCUUCCCCAGCAUCCACCUGGAGACCUGCGACGAGCCAAUCACCUCCAUCCGUGCGAACGUUGAACUGGAGACCAACCACAUUGGGAAGGGCUGUGACCGUGACACCUACUCUGAGAAGUCGCUGCACAAGCUGUGCGGAGCCAGCUCUGGCACAGUGGAGCUGCUCCCUGCACCCAGCAGCUCCGCCAACUGGACAGUGGGACUCCCCACCGACAACGGGCACGACAGCGACCAGGUCUUUGAGUUCAAUGGCACCCAGGCCAUCAAGGUGCCUGACGGCAUGGUGAGCACCAGCCUGAAGGAUCCCUUCACCAUCUCUGUGUGGAUGAGACACGGCCCGGGGGCCCACGAGAAGGAGACCAUCCUCUGCAACUCCGACAAAACCGAGAUGAACAGACACCACUACUCGCUCUACGUCCACAACUGUCGGCUCAUCCUGCUGCUGCGCCAGGAUCCUUCAGAGGCGGAGAACUACAAACCGGCAGAGUUUCACUGGAAGCUCGACCAGGCGUGUGACAAAGAGUGGCAUCACUACGUGCUGAACGUGGAGUUCCCCGCCGUGUCCCUGUUUGUGGACGGCACGGCCUUCGAGCCCUUCCUGGUCACGGAGGACUACCCCCUGCACGCCACCAAGAUUGAAUCCCAGCUCACUGUUGGUGCCUGCUGGCAAGAAAACUCAGGACAUGACAAUGACACUGAGACAGUCUCUGAGCCCACCUCAGGCGGAAGCGGUCGAAUGGCCCAGUUUUUCCGGGGGAACCUCGCGGGGCUGAUGAUUCGCUCCGGCAAGCUGGAGAAUAAGAAGGUGAUCGACUGCUUGUACACCUGCAAGGAGGGCCUGGAUGUGCAGCUGCCUGAGGAGGUGGCUUCAGCAGUCAAGGUGGAGUUCAACCCCAACCAGUCCUCCCUGACAGUCGAGGGUGACGACGUUGAUGCCUUUGACAAGGUCAUGCAGCACAUCUCCUACUUGAACUCCCGCCAGUUCCCCACCCCUGGCAUCAGGCACCUGCGCAUCUCCACCACCGUCAAAUGCUUCAACGAGGAGUCCUGCGUGGCGGUGCCGGAUGCUGAAGGCUACGUGAUGGUGCUGCAGCCCGAGGAGCCCAAGAUCAGCUUGAGCGGCAUCGACCACUUCGCCCGCAGCGCCACCGAGUUCGAGAGCCAGGAAGGCGUGACGCUGUUCCCCGAGCUGCGAAUCGUGAGCACCAUCACCCGCGAAGUGGAGGCCGACGCGGAGUCUGAGGCUGCGGAGGGCGCCGACGACGAUCCGACGGUCCAAGAGACAGUGGUGUCAGAGGAGAUCAUGCACAACCUGGACACGUGUGAAGUGACAGUGGUGGGGGACGAGCUGGACGGGGAGCACGAGGGCCUGGAGGUGGACAUGUCCCAGCUGCAGCAGCGCGGCCUGGAGAUGAGCUCCUCCAACCUGGGCCUCGUCAUCAACGGUGUGAACACCAUGGCCAACUAUGAGCAGGUCCUGCACCUCAUCCGCUACAAGAACUGGCACACGGAGGCUCUGUUCGACAGGAAGUUCAAGCUGGUCUGCUCUGAGCUCAACGGCCGCUACAUCAGCAACGACUUCAAGGUCGAGGUGAAUGUGAUCCACACAGCCAAUCCCGUGGAGCACGCGAACAACGCCAUGGUGCAGGCGAACUUCAUCAACCCCGUUCACCACGCGUCUGUGGACCUGUCGGGGCACAACCUGGUCAACGCUCACCAGGCCUCAGUGGUUCCCAGCGCCGCCACUAUUGUCAUUGUGGUAUGCGUGAGCUUCCUGGUGUUUAUGAUAAUCCUGGGCGUGUUCCGCAUCCGAGCCGCACACCAGCGCACCAUGAGGGACCAGGAGAGCGGCAAGGAGAACGAGAUGGACUGGGACGACUCGGCCCUCACCAUCACCGUCAACCCCAUGGAGACGUACGAGGACCAGCACAGCAGCGAGGAGGAGGAGGAGGAGGAGGAGGAGAGCGAGGACGGCGAGGAGGAAGACGACAUCACGAGCGCUGAGUCAGAGAGCAGCGAAGACGAGGAGGGCGGGGAGCCGGAGGACCAGCAGGGGGCCAGCAGACAGCAGCAGCUGGAGUGGGACGACUCCACCCUCACCUACUAAAACACACACGCACAGACACACACAGACACACACACACACCAACAUACGCCCACAUCACCAGCUCAGCCAGAUCCUCAUACUCACCUCUUCGCACACACUCUUCAUGUCCAAGGAGCCAUGAUGUUCAAAUGAGAAAAAAAUCCCUUCAGCUUACCUACGGUCAAGGUUUUCCUGUUGUUAUCUUAGUGGUGGUACUCCGUGUAGUGUAGUCAUCACCGGAUUGUUGAUUUUUACUGUUUAUUUUUUUAUUUAUUAUAUUUUAAGUCCCAGGAAAACUUGGCCUGUUUGCUUUGAGCUGAGUGAGGAAGCCUGCACUUAGUUUUCUCUCAGACGUGACGCUUUCAGAUGGAGAAUCGUUUUCUUUCCUGUGAAUAUUCUUGCAUAAUGCUUUUAGAUUUGUUUUUGCUAAACUCGCAAAUAGCUUUGACUUGAGUUUUCCUGACUUGUAGUCCACGGUACGACAAACGCUUCUAGCAAGUAGACCGCGCUUCUUUCUUUUUUUUUAUAUUAUCUUUUAGUGCAUGACAAUAUUUCUGGAGUCAUACGUGUAGAGAACAAUUUGCUUUUUAACGAUUUUGUAAAUAUGAAUAAACCCAUGUAAUUAGUCCGUGUGUUCGUGAAGGCCUACUCAACAGGGUCCAAUAUCUAAAGAUGACACAGUACCUAAUGUAGAAUAUUUGUGUCACAGAGGCUCUAGCAUGUUGCUAAAUUUUCGCAAAAGCUGCUUCAUCCCGCUUGCACAAAAACGUCUGCUUCAUGGUGAAACCCGGGGCCGCCGAUCUGAGGGUUCCACGACAAAGUGGUGUCCGUUUUGUUGUCAUUUUAUCUCCCCGUGGAGGAAACUCAUUCUGCUUUGUCCCUCGCGCGCAGAACCGGCCGGUGUUUUCAGCUUCGCGUGGACGGCAGCGCUCUCCUCCCGCCGCCCGGCCGAUUUCCUUCCUCGCUGUACAGAAGGGACUUUGGGUUUUGCUCAGAGAAAUGUUAACGUCCAUACGCAGGUUCUGCUGUUACUCCUGUUACUCACGCAUAUAGGUUCUGAUUUUAUAGGUUCUGGUUCUGAUUUCUGCCAGCUUGUUCGGAGCAGUAGAGCGAUUACUGCUGCAGCUUUAAGCGCCUUCCAGUCGAGACUGGAGCAGGUGGAUGGAGGGACAGAGCUUUAAUGGAGCCCCGUUGAAGAGUCCGAUUGUUGGUGUUGUAUUUGGGAAAAGUAGUCAAAGUACUUUUCAGAACUGCAUUGUUGCUACUUCAUGUUUCGAAACACUUAGAUGCGUUUUUAUAGGGCUUCAUGGAGUUCUCUGUGCGAUCGUGGCUGUGUAGGAAAACACUAUGAACAACAAUGAAUCAUCUGCAUAUUUCACUCUUAAACUGUAAUAUUAGUCCUAGAUUCUGUUGUAUAUGGAUCCGUACUGUAGCGCUGUUCUAAGGUAUAUGUUUACAUUUGGUAAACUCAUUCUUCCUUUUCGUAUCGGCAUGAAACAUGUACAAUUAAUCAGAGACCUGUAUCUAAAGUCCCUUCCUGUCUCAGAACCUGUUGUAUGUCUCAUUCGGGCCAGAAUCAAACGUACCUUCACGUUUAAAGAGCGUGACUUGAGCCGUACGUCACUGAGUGAAACGUAAAAAUAACAACGGAUCGAACGUGCAGCUAAAAACGCGUGAGGAUCAGAGAAGUUGCUGCUGACGCCGAACAUGAAACAUGAAUCCAUUUAAUGCUGUUGAGGAGACAGUUUCCAGGCUUUAUUUUUCAUUUUCAAGCUUUGUAUUGUUUAUAGGAGUUGGUAGUGGAGGUGUAAUGAACAGUGUUCCCUUCUUGAUGACUUGGACUUUGACCGAGGCCAGGUCUGAGCCGGCUGAGAUGGGAGUGCCUUUUGCCGAUCAUAGUGCAGAUAGCGGGUCUAAUAGAAUGAAUCAUGCUCUUUGAUUUGUGGCUUUUCUUUUUUUUUGUUUGUUUGUUUCAUGCUAGUUUUGUUACCGAGCUGGGGAUUGCUUGUUCUUUCAGUUUGUUGUAACUAUAGUCCACCACUAGUUUUAUUAAAAGUGACAAAAUGUUUUACAUAGAUGUCAUGUGUCCAUGUUGAUGUGUAGAGGAAGUAGAUUCAUAUUGUAUCUUCUAUAGAUAUUGUACUAAAUCAUAUUGACAGACUCCACCUUUAAGAAUAUGUACAGUACAUAAUGAAUUGCUUUGGCAGCAUAGCUGGAUAUACCGUUGACUGACCUGUGUGUGUGUGUGUGUAUAGUGGAGGGUAAUUUUGAACAGUGUCCUGUUGCCGGAGUUGUUGAGAAAUGAUCUUGAGGGCAGCAUGAAAUUCACAAGUGUAUAAGGCUGUCGGCUCGAAAAUUCUCACGGUUUCAUUCUGUCAGACUCUCACUGUCCACGUUUCAUCUGCAGCUUCAAGUACAAUAGCGUGGGCCACCGCCGUGCGCACGCGCCGACUCUGGAGUCGCGUCUCCUCAGCGACGACGGCGUCUCCAGUUUCCUGGGUUCUGUACGUUGUGUGCGGCUCCUGAGUUAAGUGUCCAUUGGUUGAAAUGAAUGUCACUGCCUAACAAAAUGAAAUGCAGCCAUACUGUAAUAACACUAAGCUAUAAGGGGAAUUUACUUCGCAUGAACCACAGAUUUAUGUACGUUCCAUGUGGGGUUUGUGAGACUGAAGUGUGGAAGGAAGACGUGACACACUACUGAUUCUCAGAUUGUCUGUUUCACAAGGCCACAACACUCCAGAUAUAUAUAAAUAUAUAUAUUUUUGUUUUCUUUUUAAAAUUUGCUCAAAAUGGAAGGUCACAAUGUUUUCAGACUAGUUGAAUGCUUCCUUUGUGCUUGUUGGAGCUGCUCUCACUUUUCUACCAAUUGAAAGGCAAAUUGUAGUGAAGUUGAUGCUUGCUCGUAAACAAAAUAAAGGACGGUAAGAAGAGG